ACCAAUACCAGCAAAUGAAUGAGGAUGUGGAAAGAUCAAGUGUCACUUGUUAUGACUUGUGAGGAGAGAGAGAGAGUGUGAAAUUCAUCAUAUAUAUAUUGAGAAUAGAAUUAUGUGAUUUUCCUGAAUUGCAUGCAGAAAAUAACUAGUACUAUCUGGGAAAUUUUUUAUCUGGGUAUGGGAAAGUGCUCAUUUCAAGAAUCUCUGAAAGCUCUGGAAGCUGAUAUUCAGUAUGCAAAUACCCUGGCAUUGGAUCAUCCAAGGGAAAAUGAUGGAGGAUGCUUUCAGAUGAGGCUGUCUUACAGUCCAGUAGCCCCCAUUUUUCUCCCUCUUGUUCAGUGGGCAGAUUACAACCUUGCUGGUGCUCUUGGUUUGCUGAGAAUUCUAAUUUAUGUGACUUAUGCAAAUGGGAAUACUACUAUGUCGAUUUAUGAAAGGAAAUCAAGCAUUAGACAAUUUUAUUCGAUUAUAUUUCCCGCUCUAUUGCAACUUCAGAAAGGCCUCACGGAUUUGGAUGAGAGGAAACAGAAAGAAGUGUAUUCUACUCGGUACCAAAGGAAGACUGAGUGCAGAGAGAGAAGACAAUCUGAAAUUGACAUUGAAAGAGAAGAGGAAUGUGGAGUUUGCUUUGAGGUGAAAGCAAAAGUUGUGCUGCCUAAUUGCUGCCACUAUAUGUGUUUGAAGUGCUACAGCGAUUGGUGUAUGAGGUCUCAAUCUUGCCCCUUUUGCCGGGAUAGCCUGAAAAGAGUAAACAGUGGGGACCUUUGGAUUUACACAGACAUGAGUGAAAUUGUUGAUAUGGGGACAGUUUUCAAAGAAAAUUGUAAAAUGCUGUUUCUGUACAUAGAGAGUUUGCCUCUUAUUAUUCCAGACCCCAGACAUGUCUCCUUUGAUCCGUUUAUGAGGUGAGGGUUGCCUUCUGGUUUUGGAAACUUUCUGUAUAUUGCACUUUAGUUGUACAUACAUGCCUUAUCAACCAUAGUGUAGUUUUAUAUAUGUAUUUUACUGGUUUUGUUCA